CAAAAUUUUCUCAUUUCUUGAAGAAACCGGUCUUUCAAUGCGUCAAGAAAAAUUACCGUGAGUUGAAUAUUUUGCAAAAAACAAUCAUAUUAUUGAUGAAAAAAAAGAAUAAUAACACCAUCAACAGACACGAUAAGAAGUCGAACAUUCCAAGCAUCUUUGUGAUUCUCUGACAAUGCCGUGUAUUUUAAGACGCGGUCGGUUUGGUCAAUUGUUUUGCGGUCUCUCAGGUCGUACACCUGUCCGUCGUGAAGUUGCAGACGGGAGUAGGAAGGGGUUAUGGUCAAUAAACGCAACCACGUCACACGCAGCCUAUCGGCGACCCCGCUUGGCCCCUUAAAGUGGCUCCGAACGAAAAUCUUACAUGUCGGCCGAUAUUGCUUUUGUGCGUUUGUCUGCGGUAUAUCUUAAGAAAAAUCGAAGUAAUUUUUUCAUGAACAAUAACGACGGAUGUAUUUUAUCGCGAAGAAGAUGCGAUUAUAAAAUGGAAUCAAUCCACGACGCGGUUUAGCUUUACAACGGAUUAAUCGUGCGUUUCAGUGAACUGACCGAAUUGCAUUCGCCAUUGUUGUGAUUGGUGAACGUUCCAGAGAAGACGGCGUUCUUAGAUUGACGCGCAUGCGCAUUACAUUCUACUUGACGACGCUCUUCUUUCGAAUUUUGGGAGACACGCACACAAAGCAACAAGGCACAGGUAAUUUUUAAAGUGAAGAAAUGAUAGAAAAGUACUUUAUAUAUGAAAUGAUAUGUGAGAAAAAUUAAUAAGUAUCAAGAAAGAAAACAAAGUUACGCUUAAUCUUUAACGCAUGCACAAAGUAUAUUUUCUAAGAAGUUUGAUAUAUAAAAUAUAUAAAAAUGACAGUCUACAUAGAUGAUUAUACCUAUACUGUGCGUAAUUGCAUGUUAUGCCUAAGGCUAAAAAAAAAUCUUACCUUAAAAAGGUAAGAGAAAUGCGAGAAUAUAGAAGACAAAAAUUAAAAUCAGAAACAUUAGAAGAGCGUACUAUUAGAUUAUUUUCUGCUGCUGAAAGAAUGAAGAACGCUAGAGCAAAAGAAACAGAAGAGCAGGCAGCAAUAAGAAGAAUGCAGGAAGCCCAGCGUAUGGCUAGACAUCGUGCUAAAAAGAAGCGUUGUUUAGAUGAAAAUUUAGCAAGAGAAAUUUCAAAAAUUGCUGAAUUGUCUAAAAUGCCAGAUGCAGCAACGAUAGCUCAAAUGUCAGAAAUGAAUAUGAAUAAAAUUUCCGCAGAAUUGAAACAAAUGAUGGAAAGAGGGAAAGUACCAGAACAUAUAGUUCAAAUGGCUCAACUUGCUGAGUUUAGUAAGAUGACUGAAUUAAACAAAAUGUCUCAAGAUAUGGCUAAAAGAUAUGAAAUGGAAAAAAUGGCAGAAUAUGCUAAAACAACAGAAUAUAUGAAAAUGCAAGAAAUUGCAAAAAUGUCUGAAAUUGCCAAAAUGAAUGAAAUGGUAAAACUCUCAGAAAUGGCUAAAUACAACGAUAUCACGAAAAUUAAUGAAAUUGCAAAGAUGAAUGAAAUGAUGAAAAUGUCCCAAAUGGCAAAAAUUAACGAAGUUCAAAGAAUGAACGAAAUAGCAAAACUUAAUGAGAUGGUAAAAAUGACAGAAAUGGCUAAAUAUAAUAAUGACAUAACAAAAUUAAAUGAAAUUGCACAGAUUAAUGAAAUGGCUAAAGAAAUUGCCAAAAUAAAUGAAAAAACGAAAAUGAAUGAAAUGAUUAAAAUGGCAAAUAUGCAGAAUGAUAUUACAAAAAUGCCUGAAUAUUCAAAAAUGGCAGAAAUGGCAAAAUUAACUGAAUUGGCUAAAUUAAAUGAAAUAACAAUAACAAAAUUAAAUGAUCCACCACCACCACCAAAGGUACCACCACCAGAAAUUCCUCGAAUCCCUGAACCUGUGAUUACUGUGCCAAAUCCAAGAAAUUUGCAAAAUGUUCAAACUGUUCAAGUAGCACAGGCUAGCCCAUCCAGUACAAUAAACUUUCCCACUGUGCCUGGUCAAGGUAAAUAUGCUCAGUUACUAGUUAUCAUUGAGGAGCUUGGAAGAGACAUUCGCCUUUCUUAUGCUGGAAGUCGCAGUGCAGCUGAACGAUUAAAAAUGGGUAUUCAACAUGCAAGAAUUCUUGUAAGGGAAUGUCUAUUGGAAACAGAACAUAAUGCACGGCAAUGAUCUGCCGAUAUACUUAGCAAUUAGAUUUUUAGUCGAUUAUUUUACAAAGUAAUACUAUGUACAUUGUAUGAAGUAUAGCAGUAUAUUUUAAAGGGAGUGUCUUAGCAUCCACAAGAAUGUGCAUAUGUAACAUUUAUUAUUUCAUAUUUUAUACGAUCUUACUAGUUUGUAUGUUUAAUAUAAAAAAGUGUGAGCAGCUAGUCCUUUUAGACAAUGGAAAAAAUGAGAAAGUAAUAGCUGUAAAACUUAAUAAUAGUUUCAAUAACUAAUAAAAUGACUUGAAAUAUGCACUUUUGUGGAUGCCUAAAGAAAAUUAAUCAAUCAAUAGCGCAUAAUAUUGAAUAUAAAUUAAAUCAGAGAAAAAUGAUUCAUUUUUCAUUUUAGUUUUUUAUUUUUAUUAAAAAAAAAAUGUAAAGAUGACCAUUUUCUAUGGAAACAUUAUGAAGGAAUUGUACCUUCUUAUUAAGUUUUUAAUUAACAAAUAGAAAAUAUAAUAUUAGGCAGAGAUGAAUUUGUACACUAAAAAGCCUUUAUUUAUAUUUUCUAUAAAAAAUUAAUUGCAUUUUUUGGUUAAAACUAUAGGUACCUAGUAAUUAUAUCUACAGUAUACUUGCAGAAAAAGAAAUUGAUCAAACAAAAUGUACCUAUGGAAAAUAUAAUCCUUAAAUAUUACUGACUACAAAGUAUGACUAAAUAAAAAAAAGAAACAGUUUUAUA